UUUACUAAUUAUCUUUAUGCUUUGCUAUGGGGUAGAGAGAGAAUGAACUUGAGCUUCCAGAGAAAAGCUUGUGUGAUUGGUUUCCCUUAGGCAUGAAUAAUUCCUGCCCUGUGAAGAAGGUUUCCUCCCUAUAGCCUAAAGAGCUGUUCUUGCAGUUCCUGGCUUCUUUUCCUCCUGUACAGAAGACUUCUGGUUCAGGAUGGACAAACAUUUCUUGAUAGUCUCCUUCCUUUCCUGCUUCAUUGUAGCAGUGACACCCCUGAAGUGCGUAACGUGCCACCUUCGCACACGGACAGAUCGCUGUAGAAGAGGCUUUGGUUCCUGUAUUGCUCAGACGUUUGAGUCGUGCAUGUCUUUAAAGAUCUUCCAGGAUAACAUUCUGCAGUUAUCAUAUAUGGUGUGUCAGAAAUUCUGCAGAGACUUGACAUUUGAUUUCCACAAUCGGACUUACGUUCAUAAAUGUUGCAGAUACAAUUAUUGUAACAUCGAAAUCUAA